CAGACUGCUCAGUUUAGCCUCACUUCUCUCGAUACUUUGAGUGACUGCGAUGUCUGUGACUUCUGUGGUGACCUGGUGAAAACAUUAAGAUAAGUGACAUUCGUUAUAUUGCAGUGUAUAUGGUCAAGAAGGGUUGAUUCAUCUGUGUCCUUAAGACAUUAAUACAAAGGGGGUUUCAUCAAGAUAUUAACUUGAUGAAAGCACUUGUGUAUGCACCAAUGUAUAAAAUGUGUUAAAACAAUAAGGUAUAAUAAUACUUUGUCGACCAUCUAGGUCUGGUGUAACUUACAGGUACACCCAGAGUUUUGAACGCACUAUAUGCCUGUGGUGGCAAAAUGACUUAUUUUUUGUUAUUCUCAUGCAGGUUCAGCUAGAGUUUACUUGAGGACAACUUACGUUACUUACACCAGCUGGCUUCAUGUGAUAAGAUAAGUUGGUGUAUAGAAGUUGGCCAAGACCAAAUUAUUCCAUAUUAGACAGCUGCAGAAUGAAAAGAAAACGCUAACCCCAAAAUAAUUCUAACAAAAGGUUUCUCAGCAGUUUUUUGUAGCAUUAGGUGUUCUCAAUAACAUACUAAAAGUUGACCAAAGAUUGACCACUAGAAAGCGUCCAAGAUGGGCAGGAAGCCCUGACCCUAACUCCUUCAUUAUUUGACCUAGCCAUGUAAUCUUGGUGUCUAACCCCAUGUUUACUGGGUCAAUGAAUCCAUUGGACUAAAAUGCACUGACAUGAUUAGAAAAAGGUCAAAAACCAGCCGGCUGUGGCUUAACUAUCAGAAGAUGCCGGAGACAGCCCAAGCUCUGAUCAAAGCAGAUCGUACAGGAUCUUGGAAGAUGCACUUGCGCGCAAUGUUGGACUGUCUGCCAAUAUUUUCCGCCGCAGAGCACGGCAACUAUCUGAAAUCGGCAUAUUUCUACCUCCAAGAAAUGUGCCAACUCGAAACCAGACACCCUCAUGUACAUGACAAGUUUUCCAGGGGUUUCCAUGUGAUCCGCCGCAGCAACCAGGACUGGCAGGCCUUAGCUCUGACCUUGUCCUCAAGCAGACAUUGAUGCGAUCCUUAAAAAGCAGUGGAGGUUUGACCCAUGGAAGUGGAAUGACUGAGGAAAUGCAAGCAUUGUGGACCAUGUCUACACCCAUCACAUCGGAAUACAACAACGCCAGGCAGGAAUUCAAUGACCUCACCAACACGAGCAGCACCUAGAAUCCUCAGAAGCAAGGAUGAAUAGAGACCACUCUGAUUUAGAAAAGAUCUGGGAAAAGCUUAGCAUUUGCACACCAUUCUCUCCAGACCCAUCUCUGAGAAACAUUGUAACUGGUGUUGCCAAAGAGGAGGUGAAUGUGCCGAAACCUAUCAACACGCGUUGUCCACUGGAGAGUAGAUAACACCUGCCGAAAUAAAGUUCCACCUUUAUGUCUAACGUCACUUUAUGGCCCCAUACAAGUUAUAUAUUACGGAUCACUGUUCAGUCGUCCUCCACAAACCACUGAGCUGUCAAGGAGAGCCGAGAUGAGUGCGGUUCCAAGUCCCCCGACCCUGAGGGCCCGACUGGAGACCUUCGAGUGCCACUUCACGUGGAACCUGAACAGCCAAAGAAAGGACCUUUUCCUUCUCCGGGACAUACUGGAGGACAUCGGCGCCGAGGACGGCAACCUCUGGCGGGGACACAUCUACAACCUGCAGGCCUACGUCCACUUCCUCCUGGCCUCUGAAGAGGAGACCCCAGGCUCCACCAUGAGCGACGCCCUGCGCUGCUUCGGCCAGGCGGGGGAGGCCUUCCGGCAGGUGAGGAACCCCGUGGCGGACGACGGUCCCUGGCUGCUGGUCAACUACGGCAACCUGGCCUGGCUGCACUACCACCGGGAGGAGUGGUCCGAGAGCCUCGCGUACUUGGGCAAGGCGGAGGCACUGCUGCGAGAAUACCCGUCUCCGAUACAGGGGCAGCCCCAUCAGGUGGUCCUGGCCGAGAAAGCAUGGACCCUCAUGAACUUCGGCCAGGCCGGCAAACGCAGUGCGGUGGAGCUCUUCGGGAAAGCCAUCGAGGUGCAACCAGCAGGCCCCGUUGAGUGGACCACCAGCCAUGCGUUGGCCUUGGCGAUGUCUUCUCCUCCAUACACCUCGUCACCAGAGCAGGAGGCGGACAUCUUGGAGACCCUGAGAUGCGCCGUUGAAGGCGAUCCAGACAACUUGUACAUUGCUGUGGUGUACCUUGGGAGACGCGCCAUGACCGACAGCACAGGGAUCGCAGAGCGAGCCCGUGAGCUGACCGAGGAGGUGCUGGAAAGGUCCCAGACCACCUACAGCGGGAUCCGACCCCUGCUGAGAGUCUACAGAAUGCACGUGUCCCUGGAUGAGGCCAUCGACGUGGCGAAAAAGGCUCUAGAGAGGCAUCCGACCAAACGGCAUCUCAAAUUCGGCCUGGCGAACUGCUACAAGUCGAAGAUCUUCUCAGCCGGGGACAGUCCCUUGAUCGAGGACCUGAGGAGUCGAGCCAUCGUUCUCUAUGAGGAGGUGUGCAGCCUGUAUCCUCAUUCUUUCCUAUUGGGGAGGAUCACCCUGGCGAGUUUAUACACACAGUCAAGGAAUCCUGACAUCAUGAAGUGUGACAAGAUAUUUAGGGAUUUGUUGAAAAUUGAUUUAGAGCCAGUCCAGCGGCAAAUGCUUAAUAACCAAUAUGCAAAAUUCCUCCACUUCAGUCUUCAAGACCGACGGAGGUCAAUAGAUUAUCACAUGAAGGCAGCAGAAAUACUGCAUUCCUCCAGGUUUCGGAGAGAGAGCAUACAGAUUCUGACCCAGAUUAAGAAUAGAAGUAUGAACCGAAUGUGUGGAGAAAUUGAGGACUUUCUGGCCAAACUAACCUUUAUCGAAGGCUGCACUCAGGUCAAGGAGGAUGAGGAAGUUGAGGGAACCAGAGUCGGCAGAGUGUGCAGGGGGGUAGAUAACACAUGCCGAAAUAAAGUUCCACCUUUAUGUCUAACGUCACUUUAUGGCCCCAUACAAGUUAUAUAUUACGGAUCACUGUUCAGUCGUCCUCCACAAACCACUGAGCUGUCAAGGAGAGCUGAGAUGAGUGCAGUUCCAAGUCCCCCGACCCUGAAGGCCCGACUGGAGACCUUCGAGUGCCACUUCACGUGGAACCUGAACAGCCACAGAAACCACCUUUUCCUUCUCAGGGACAAACUGGAGGACAUCGGCACCGAGGACGGCAACCUCUGGCUGGGACACAUCUACAACCUGCAGGCCUACGUCCACUUCCUCCUGGCCUCUGAAGAGGAGACCCCAGGCUCCACCAUGAGCGACGCGCUGCGCUGCUUCGGCCAGGCGGGGGAGGCCUUCCGGCAGGUGAGGAACACCGUGGCGGACGACGGUCCCUGGCUGCUGGUCAACUACGGCAACCUGGCCUGGCUGCAAUGCCACCGGGACAAGUUGUCCGAGAGCGUAGCGUACUUGGGCAAGGCGGAGGCACUGCUGCGAGAAUACCCGUCUCCGAUACCGGGGCAGCCCCAUCAGGAGGUCCUGGCCGAGAAAGCAUGGACCCUCAUGAACUUCGGCCAGGACGGCAAACGCAGUGCGGUGGAGCUCUUCAGGAAAGCCAUCGAGGUGGAACCAGCAUGCCCCGUGGAGUGGACCACCAGCCACGCGUUGGCCUUGGCGAUUACUUAUCCUCCAGACUCACCAAAGCAGGAGGCGGACGUCUUGGAGACCCUGAGACGUGCCGUUGAAGGCGAUCCAGACAACUUGUACAUUGCUGUGAUGUACCUUGGGAGAAGCGCCAGGAACGACAGCAGUGGGUUCGCAGAGCGAGCCCGUGAGCUGACCAAGAAGGUGCUGAAAAGGUCUCAGAGCAGCUACAGCGGGAUCCGACCCCUGCUGAGAGUCUACAGACUGCACGGGUCCCUGGAUGAGGCCAUCGACGUGGCGAACGAGGCUCUAGAGAGGCAUCCGACCAAACGGCAUCUCAAACACUGCCUGGCGAGCUGCUACAAGUGGAAGAUCUUCUCAGACGGGGAAAGUCCCUUGAUCGAGGGCCUGAGGAGACGAGCCAUCAGUCUCUAUGAGGAGCUGUGCAGCCUGUAUCCUCAUUCUUUCCUAGUGAAGAAGGUCGCCAUGGCGAAUUUGUACGCACGCAAAACGUCAAGCAAUCAUGACAACAUGGAGGCUGACAAGAUAUAUAAGGAGUUGUUGGAAAUUGAUUUAGAGCCAGCCCAGCGGCAAAUACUUUACAACAAAUAUGCGAAAUUCCUCUACUUCAGUCUUCAAGACCGACAGGGGUCAAUAGAGUAUCACAUGAAGGCAGCAGAAAUACCGCAUUCCUCCUGGCAUCAGACAAACAGCAGAGACGUGCUGACCAAGAUUAAGAAUAGAAGGAUGAACCGAAUGUGUGGAGAAAUUGAGGACUUUCUGGCCAAACUAACCUUGUAGCUUAGCACACAAUAAAAAGAAAAUCACAUGUUACCUAAUUAGACAAAAUCCUUUAUUUAUUAAAUAUGGCACCAACUUUCAGAUGUCUUUCAGUGUUGAAAUCCACCAUACAAUGGAAGAAUGGUUACAAAGCGCAUAUUUUGUAAGCACCAACGACUAAAUUAUUUUAAAUUUUUGUAAAAGGGGAACUAUAAAUAGGAGUUUUAUUUAAGACUGAAAAAAAUACAAUUAGGCGAAUGAAUAUUCGUAUUGCCUCUUAACUCAAUUGUUUUAUGUUUUUCAAAAAGUUAUAUUGUCCAGAGGGAGGAGGAAUGGACUGAACUGGGUGGGGAUCCUCCACCUCCACUCACCAUUGGCUAUCGGGUCAAAGUUCCUUAUAAACGUGACACGUUUUGGAAUGGCAUUUUCCGCUUUUAUUUUGAAGUCUCAAUAAGAAUGAAAAAAGACACAGAACACGCUAAAUUAAAAUAAUACGUAGAAAGACAGAAUAGACUAGUCGUUUCCUCUUCGGCUCUUCUUGUGACUUUUCUUUGAACUCCUGGUAUGAAAAACAGAGGUUGGAUUUAGUCAUUUAAUCAAUGUUACAGUUUGGGCUUUUUGUUGAUUGCUUAUUAAGACACGUUUAUUGCAGAGAAAUGAACAGCGAUGAAUAAACAAAAACAGUGGUAUCCUGA